UGUCCUGUUCACAGUGAGAACAGCAUGUUCUGAUUCGCAGCAGAGGCUGAAAGAAGGACUGUGUUCUCCGUCAGUCACAGAUCAUGCUGCUGCGCUGUCAGGAAAACAAAGCCUGAGAGCAAGAUGAAGGCAGAGACGGAGGCUCCUGCAAAACCCAAAAUCAUUCCCCGGAUUUUAUUGCUCCUGUGUCUCAGUUCCUACAACUCAGGUGGGGUGUUGGCAGUAAAUAUGACCAUCCCUAACACCCUCAUUAGAGGAACCGUAGGGGGGGAGGCCGUGCUGUCUGUCUGCUACAACAGCUUCAGUCUGGAUCUGCCGGUCAUCAAGUGGCAGCUGAAGAGGGAAAAGUCCAUCACUGUGGUCCAGUCGAUAGGAACCGACAUCAUUGGGACGCUGAGGCCGGAGUAUCGAGACAGAAUCCUGGUGUUUGAGAACGGGACUCUGCUUCUCCACAACCUCCGACUCUCCGACAACGGCACGUACGAUGUGGAGAUCUCCAUCACGGACGACACCUUCACGGGAGAGGGCAGCAUCACGCUGACUGUGGAUGAGAUUAUAUCCAGGCCCUUCAUCCACAUGGAGACUACAUCGGUACUGGAGCUCUGUGAAAACGUCGUCCUAAACUGCUCCCAUGAUAACGGCACCAAGACUGCAUACAGGUGGUUCAAAGGUGGGAAGCAGCUGACCAACAUGACGAGGUUCGUGUUGUCUCCGGAUCAGAAACUCCUGACCAUCAUGCGAGUGUUGAUGGCAGACGAUGAUGUCUACAGCUGUAUGGUGGAGAAUCCUGUCGGCAAUAUGACGAGCCUGCCCAUCAGACUGACUGUCUAUAGAAGGAGUUCCCUCUACAUCAUCCUGUCCACUGGGGGCAUCUUCCUCCUCAUCACGUUGGUAACAAUAUGUGCAUGCUGGACGCCUUCCAAAAAGCAAAGGCACCACCCAGCUGGAAAUCCUCUCUACAGAUAUAAUGACUACUCUGAUCACUUAGCAAUCAAUCACACAGAUGAUUUGCUUCCAAAAAGGACGGAGCGUAAUGGAAUAAAUGCUGUCACGUCGCUCUACGUCCUGCAGCAAAAGGAGCCCUCCCUCGAUGACUCCUCCAGCAACAGUAUUGGAUCUCCUGAAUCUGAAAACCCUCCAUGCUACACCAGUACCCCGAAAUUGAACGGAUCUCUUACACCUGCCUGCUCGUCUGUCAGGUUUACCUGAAAGCCUGUCAGUUUCAACUCUUCACACAAGAGCAAGUUUCCUUCGGUAUACUUUCCUGACUCCAAAUGGCAUCUUCUUGCAAAUCUGCCCAGACCUCGGAAGGACCUCAAAACCAUUUUCUGAGGUUUCACUGUAAUGUGAUAUGAGAGGUGCAAGGUAAAAGCUCCUCUCAGUAAAUACCCCACUGGUGGAUUUUAAAACGCCGUUGUUUCUUUACAGCCUUUUGUUGGCUUUUUACUUCAGAAAUCCGAAAGUGGGGUUAAUAUGUGGAGGUUAUCCUGCUGAGUAAAAUGUGGAAGUAUCAAAAACGCCGCGGAGAUUAUUUUCUACUAUAAACCAAUAGAAAAAUCCAUUGGUUUUCAGUCGAGGGAACCAGGGAGAUGCUAACCAACACAAAUAUGUCAUUUUGCAAGUUGUUUUUUUUAUCAAAAGUACACUGUAACUUAAAACUGAGAUGCUUUUAAAGUGUGAAGCACAUCCUGAAGAGCAGGAAUAAGGCAGUGUGACAUCAGACACACGACUUUAAAUCUCGUUUUUGGGUUUACCACUAACCGCUGUUGUCGUUGGUCUGCAACAAACUGAAAUGGGGCAGUAGGAUGCAACUGUUCAGAUGAAGAUACUUUUCUUACGCUUGAUUGUCCAUGGUUUGUUGUUACGUUAAACAAUACAUGUAUCUAAACUUGGUUAAAUAAGAAUCAUACUCAGAAAUGUAGAAUUUUUUAAUCUUUGACUCUGUUUUGUGUGAUACUUUCUGUACUGUCGAUGGAAUGACAUACAGCGGUGACUUAGUAAUAUUUUGUGAAAUAAUGUAAAUUACUAUUGAAUUAUACUAGAUGAUUAAAUAGAAUAUUAUUGAAAAUAAAGAACAAAGCCACGUUGGUUCACUUUUAUACAAAUUUAAAUAAAAUGUGAGAUAUA